AUGCAGGACUAUGUCCGCGGCUACACCUUUGAUCGGGUUAACCAGCGAAGUGUGCACUCUGGUACGCGGGACAUAACUCUGUCGUGCUGGUCAACGAUCUACAUGAACAACCGACAUGCCAGUGCAUCCGCCCACACACAGUCCGCAGCCCAUGUCGCUUCCACGGUCCGUUUCGUUUUGAAUCCCGACGCGCCCUCCUCUCUUUUGUCUACCCUUGACACUGUAUUCGACCAAGGCAAGUCUCCCGCGGCGACACAAGUGCUAGAAGCUGUGCGGAUCGCGACGAACACGACCCUGGCGAUGCACAUCAUCGAUUCUGAAGCCGACGACCUCCCGCCUGUCAUUCGCAACAGCCUCACAACAGCCUCUCUUUAUAUUCACAGGUCCGAAGCCUACAGGGCCGGCACGCUCAACCCUCAUGUCGCCCAGCCUAUACUUCAAUGGGAGCUGGCCCACAACCACACGCCAGCGCGAGCCACACGCCUGGCCAGCGCUGCGACGUUGCUCCUUGCGAUGUCCCAUGGGGGCAAACUCACUGUUGUCGGUCGUCAAGAUGCUGCUCAGCCCGCUGUUCCACCAGUACCCCGACCUACCACAGACGACCCACCAGAUCAACCUGCAACCAAGCGACAACGGGUUGCCGCGCCAGCCGCCAACCUCCAGAGAUCAUCCUCGCUCCCAAUUGCGAAUGACACUGAUGUCAACGACUUUGAAAUCGAGGACGUUUUACCUAUUGUGAUGCCGAAAGAGGCCGAACAACAUCGGCUAGAAAUUAACGGCCUCUCUGGCGGCUGGAGCGACUUGUCGCUUGUUAUUGCUGGUGAAGUUUACUGCCUCUUCAACUCAAAACUACCCAACGCUCUGCCUACCGAAGACCUUGGGGCUCUCAUACAAGCUCUCCGACACGGGGCAGUGACGUUCACUGCCGAGGGGGUUGCUGGUGAUCGACUGAACGUCAAGGAUCUCUCGGUGGACGUCUCCUGGUUUGGUGGGCAGGACAUCUCCUUGACCGUUCAAAAAGUCCUGGCUCAGCUUAUCCUCAACCAAUGUCCCCGACUCAUCCUGUCCAACUGGGACGCUUACCUGCUCAUCCGUCUGGGCGAGGACCGCCAAGUGCAUGUCUCACGUUUGUUCCACCGAGACCCCUUGCAGCGCCUGGACCCCAUGAUGGUUGAAUCGCCACUCGAGCUACUUCUCUCGCUUCAACUUCUUUCAACCCGUCUCUACCAGGCCAAGAGCUGCAUGAGCAAGAUCUGGGCAGCAGAAUGUCUGGAGCCGGUCGAUCCAAUUUGGAGGUAUGAUGGCAGCGAUUGGUUCUACACCGAUUCGUCGACGCCAAGCAACUCGUCCCAUAAGCUGGUUUCAAGGAGCAGUAACAACUCAGCAGGAGGGCGAUCACGUACUGCUCGCGGUGGGAAUGGAGGACAGGGAAGGGUAGCCAAAAAGAACAGCACUGGCAAUUCCUCUGGUGGGGCUGGAGCGGCUGGCUCGACUGGCAACGCAUCCAACGAGGCAACCGACAAUCUCGAUGAUGCAAGAGACGUUAGCCUUGUCAGCAACGGUGACAGCAUCGAGGCCGCAGAAGAUGCCAUUCACGACAACUCUUUCGCUUCAACUUUGACGAUGACUCUCAAUUCCGACCUGAAACGAGCUCACCUUAUCCCGGCGCUCGAAUCUCUCACGACACCACUGGAGUGCAUCCUCCAAGGGAACCAUCCGCUGGGAGCAUCCCACCUACACAUCUUGCUCGGCGAAGAGCUAUCGGGUGGGCGCACGGGAUUGGGUUUCCGCACCCAGGUUGACAAUAUACCCCUUGUCGCCAAGGUCGUGGACAUGUCCGACAGCUCUCCAUUGUGGUUCCACCCUGACUGCUACGACACCGCCAAAGCUAUAAUGCGGCAAGUAUGGACAGAGUGUAGGAUGUACACCUGGAACCUGGAACCGCUUCAAGGCCGCGUCGUCCCCAGAUUUUAUGGUCUGUUCGCAUCAUCAACGUCCUGUGAGACGUCAACGCCCAUGCUCGCUGUAGCCCUGUUGGGUGACGCUGGAGCACCGCUAGGAGGAGACUUUUCCGGGCCGGCACCUCAGCUUGCACCAAACGACGUCCGGGCAGCAUACAAAGCGCUCCGGCAUGUGGGAGUCCUCCACGGUGAUGUCGCCCCACGCCAUAUCCUAGUCCGAAACGGCCGAGUGAGCAUCAUCGACUUCGAGGCGUCGCAGGGCCUCGUUGGCGGUUCCCCGUACCUUCAGGCAGAAAGUGACAAGGUUGAGACCAUGCUUGCCAACGCUGAGACCGACGCUAUGGCUGGCCGUCAAACGGAGGUCGUUACCGCCUAG